AUGUUCCGUGGUCGGACUUGGUUCUUCACUGCUUUUAUAUUCGGAGGAAUAUUUGAGAUUAUUGGAUAUAUAGGCCGUGUCGUUUCUUCCAACGAAUACCCGAAUUACACAACUCCUCCUCUUGCUAUUCAAGCCAUAUUUGUCCUCGUCGCGCCGUCGCUGCUCGCUGCAAGUAUUUAUAUGGAACUUGGCCGCAUCAUGAUUAUCACUGGUGGAGAACACUUGUCACCGAUCCGACGCUCGUGGUUGACGAAGAUCUUUGUGGUUGGGGAUGUGGUAUCAUUCUUAGUUCAGGCAGGAGGAGCCGGAAUGCUCGUCAAAGCCAGUACAGCAGCAAAGGGCGGAAAUGUGAUCAAAGUCGGCUUGAUCAUUCAAAUUAUCUUUUUCGGAAUCUUCAUAAUCACGAGCAUCAUUUUCCACGUCAAGCUUGAGAAAAACGGGUCAAGGGUGCUACAACAGCAGGUAGUCCCCUGGAAGAAACACCAGACCGUGUUAUACAUCGGUAGUCUGUUAAUUUUCGUCCGGUCCAUCUUCCGAUACAUCGAGUACAACCAGGGAAGCAGCGGGGCAUUGCUCCAGCAUGAAUUCUGGAGUUACGUUUUCGAUGCCGCUCUUAUGCUGCUGGUAAUGGCUGCGUUUAACGUGGUGCAUCCGGCCGAGAUUAGCAGGUUGAUGGAAGAGAGGAAAGGUGGACAUGGGAUGGAGCUGAUUGGAUGA